AAGGUCUUUGCUCACAGAGUGGUUUCGUUGAGACUGAAAGUCAUCUGAUCCUCCUCCGAGAGGAUUAUUCUCUUGCCAGUGUUUCGAAACGUCAGAACUCGAAGAGCAAACCUCCUCCACUGACCACCUGGAGAUCAUCCCUCAGCUGGGUAGUAAGAACCCAACUUUAGAUUCUUGGACAGCUCAAAGAAAGAUAUAUGGACAAGAUGUGGCUUAGAUUCUUCUGUUUUUGCACUCUAAUGAUACUGACUUUCAGUGCAGAGCCAAGAUUCAGCCGCCCGAAUAGUAUUGCAUUAUACAAUGCAGCAGCUCCCGGAGAGAGAGGAAAAGUAGUGUGCUACUACAGCGCAUGGGCAUACACUAGGCCGGAGCCUUGGAACUAUGACAUCGACGAUAUACCUGGAGAUCUGUGCACGGACAUCAUCUAUUCUUUCGUUGGUCUCAACAAUCAAACCUGGGAGCUCUUCAGUAUAGAUCCUGAAUAUGAUUUAGAGAAAGGUGGGUACAAACGGUUCACAGCUCUCCGAGUCAAACAUCCUCACCUGAAACUCCUUCUUGCCGUCGGAGGAUGGGCCGAAGGAGGUCGAAAGUACUCAGAUAUGGUAGGAGAGAAAUCCCGACGAGAUAUUUUUGUCAAUAGCGCCGUAAAAUGGGUCAGAGAUUUUGGAUUUGAUGGCUUUGAUCUCGACUGGGAGUAUCCAGGUGCAUCUGACAGAGGUGGUAAAUAUUCGGACAAAGAAAAUUUCCUAAAACUAGUCGAGGAACUAAAAGUAGCAUUCGAGCCGCAUAAACUUCUUUUGACGUGCGCAGUUCCGGUAGCAAAGUUCAGAUUGCAAGAAGGUUAUGAAGUUCCUAGACUAGCUCAACUUUUCGACUGGAUCAAUGUAAUGACUUAUGAUUUGAGAGGCAACUGGGCUGGCUUUGCUGAUGUCCACAGUCCCCUUUACAGACGACCUUUUGACCAAUGGGCUUACGAGAAACUAAAUGUGCAUGAUGGUUUGCAGUUAUGGGUAGAUAUGGGUGCCCCGAAGCACAAACUAGUCGUAGGAGUUCCUUUCUAUGGCAGAACAUAUACACUGGGAAGUAAAGAAAACACAGGCCUCAGAGCAGGAAUAAAGAAAUGGGUUGGAGGAGGUAAUCCUGGACCUUACACAAAUGCUAGCGGAUUCCUCGCCUAUUAUGAGAUUUGUCCCCAUGUGAACAGUGGUGAAUGGACCAAGAAGUACGAUGACAUUGGAAAAUGUCCUUAUGCUUAUUAUGACGAUCAAUGGAUUGGAUACGAAGAUGAAGAUAGCAUUGGAAUAAAAAUGGAUUAUAUCAGAGAACAAGGUUACGGAGGAGCAAUGAUUUGGGCAAUCGACAUGGAUGACUAUAAUGGCGUCUGCGGUCGUAAAAAUGCCCUUCUUGAAGUCAUGAACGAAAAACUGAGAGGUUACGUUCCACCUACACCAGAUCCUAGUCAGACAACGGAGGGUUCUACAAUUUCAACAAGCAAAUGGUGGCCCCCUAGAUCGACCGAAGCCACUACUCAGAGGACUUGGUGGCCUCCUGCUUCAACUUCAUCCAGUACUGUCUGGUGGUCACCCAGCAGUUCAACAACUCCACGACCACACCAAGGAGGUGCAUCACCUGGUGCAUCAUCUAUCUCUGGAUCUUCAGAAAAAGGAUUCGUUUCACCCUAUGAUCAACCUGGAGCGCCUAACUGUAAAAGUGCAUCAGAAACCAUACCUCAUGAGGACAGUCAAUAUUAUUAUUGGUGCAUAGAUGGAAGGCCAGUUUUGAUGCAAUGCGAAGCUGGAUCCCAGUACGAUCCAGCAGUAGGCAAAUGUGCAUGGGUUAAAAUUUAUACAAAUUAUGUCAUGCGUCACCAAUUUCGAAAUUAUCUCGGUAAAUAGGACCUCUUCACUGCGCAGAAUACAGGAUUUUAAUCUUGGUAGAUAAAUUUCGGAUUCUUGCACUAAUAUUCGGAGUAGCUUGCAAAUAGCAUGGGAUCUUUUUACGCCAUAAAAAUGCUAUUCCGAGUAAGCAAAUACCAAAAUGCAUUCGCAGGAUUUGGGGCCUUUAAGGAUACACGCGUUCCCUAUCUAAAAACCCUUGCUAGUAACCAAUUCUUCAUAAGCGAUUUAAUUCAAUUUUGCCAGCGAAUGUGUGCAAUACUAAUAACUAUCCCUGUUUAAGGAGUGAUUCUUAGCACUGAUAUACGGUUAAGGGUGGUAAAAUGCAUAGCGGCUAACUUUUUUUUUUUUGACUGAAUGCCUUAAAUACUAAAAAUCGAGAUUUCAAUAAGUUUAAACAUAUCGUGAAGCGGUAGACGAAAAAGUCAAUUUACUUUUAAAUGAUGCAUUCAUUUUUUGUCAACUCGUUAUGUAAUAAAUAUUAAUUACAUUUUGGUGAGCAGGUGAUAUAUAUCAAAAGUCUAUCCCUCAAAUCAUUUAUAUGACAAAAAAAAAUCUGGUAUUCUGUAAAUAUAAAAUCAUAAGCUGGAUGAUAUUGUUAAACGUUUCCGUGAAUUGAAUAAAAUGUUUUUCAUAUACUGAA